AUGGCCAUAGGAUAUUCGGUUUACAUAGAGCGUCCUGCCUCUGGAGCUAUUGGCAUCAAAACCAAAUAUGCUAAAUUAGAGAUAUAUGGUUGUAGUCAUUGCAGGACACAUCUGUCAUCCUCUAACCAUAUUAUGUCGAAAGAUUAUCGUGGUGUGACGGGUGACGCAUAUCUCAUGAGGAAGGUCAUUAACGUGACGGAAGGUCACAGGGAAACUAGGCAUAUGAUAACAGGGCGAUAUGUUGUAUGUGAUAUAUAUUGCCACACUUGCAAGAACCUUGUUGGUUGGAAGUAUCUGAUGAGUGAGAAAAGAGACCAAGAAUAUAAGGAGGGCAAAUACAUCCUGGAGCUAGAGCCCAUCACUGAAUGUGACUAG